AUGGCCGUCGGUAAGAACAAGAGGAUUUCGAAGGGUAAGAAGGGUGGGAAGAAGAAGGCAGCUGACCCAUUUGCCAAGAAGGACUGGUAUGAUAUCAAGGCUCCUUCUCUCUUCACAGAAAGGCAGAUUGGCAAAACCCUUGUCUCCAGAACUCAGGGCACUAAGAUUGCUUCUGAAGGACUCAAGCAUCGAGUGUUUGAGGUUUCUCUGGCUGAUCUCCAGAAGGAUGAGGAGCAUGCUUACAGGAAGAUCCGGCUAAGAGCAGAGGAUGUGCAAGGGAGGAACGUACUCACUAACUUCUGGGGAAUGGAUUUCACCACUGACAAGCUGAGGUCGUUAGUGAGGAAGUGGCAGACACUGAUUGAGGCUCAUGUGGAUGUAAAGACUACUGAUAACUAUACCCUUAGGAUGUUUUGCAUUGCAUUUACCAAGAGGCGUACAAACCAGGUCAAGCGAACCUGUUAUGCCCAAUCCAGUCAGAUUCGUCAGAUUCGACGCAAGAUGAGGGAAAUCAUGAUAAACCAGGCUGCAUCCUGUGAUCUGAAGGACUUGGUGGCAAAAUUUAUUCCUGAGAGUAUAGGCAGGGAAAUUGAAAAGGCAACAUCCAGCAUCUACCCACUGCAGAAUGUUUUCAUUCGAAAAGUCAAGAUCUUGAAAGCUCCCAAAUUUGAUCUUCCCAAAUUGAUGGAGGUUCAUGGCGGAAAAGAGGACGUCGGUGUGAAGGUGGACAGAUCAGCUGAAGAAACAGUGCCCGAGGGAGAGACUGAAGUUGUUGGAGCAUGA